UGUCACUGGGUUUUGUCUCUCUUGAGGAUGUGUUGGAUCCAUAUGCAUGGGGGAUGGCGAAUUACCCGGAUUAGUAAAUUCUGUAAUCAAACUCGAGGAACAAGUACGUGAGAACUAAACGCGAUAAGGACUUAUCACGAGGGUGAAAAGUCCAUAUAAACGCCAAGAAGAUACCCCCCUUCAUCAGUGAGCAACUUCCAACCCUCAUCAUAAGCUCAAUCAGUCAUCGAAAAUGGUGGCAUCUGGAGAUAUCCUCGACACCAUUGUCGGGAUUUGGCAGCUGGUCAACACAACCAAUUUCGAAAGCAACGGUACAAGCAUAAAUACAGAACCCCAAGCCGGUAUCCUCACAUACCACAAAUACGGCUAUAUGUCCGCGAACACCAUGUCGACAGUACCAGAGUUCCGGCCCGAGGGCCUAACUUGGCCUCCCCAGGACAACCAGACGGACUUAGACUGGGCCACGGUCGCGAGGCACACGCUCGGGUAUUCCGGCCCCUUCUCUAUUAACCAGUCGACAGCCAAUACGGGCUUCAUCACGCAUGGGCCUCUGUAUGUUGCCGAUAUACCGUCCUGGGUGGGGACAGAGCAGUUGCGGCCGUAUACGUUAACCAAGGGCAAAGAGGAGACGAUUCUACGGUUUACUCUGAUUAACGACGAAAAUGGGAGGGAGAGUAAUUUGUAUUGGAAGAAGUUGUCUUGAGUGGCUGGUGCGUUCUUUCCAAGAGGAUUGGACCGUACACGUAAAAGCAAGCACGAGGAGUCGGAGAGAGAUUGAUGGGUUAUCGGGAGCCGACAGAUGUCACAGAAUUUCAUUGAAUAGGACCGGAAUAUCUUGGGUAGACGAGAGUCGCACACUGGGUCUUCUCACAUAUAAUGGACAAUCUGCCGCUCGCUUGAAUCCACGGGAAAUAUAUACUCAUACAUUGUUAG